CCUGAGCGACUCCUCAAAACAACGUGUGCUGGAAUUUGACUCGGGUGAUGCUCUCAACAGCGGGUUUCGCAUGUUCAUCGCUCGUGACCUAAAAGCUGCCGUUUUGCCCGCGCGGAGGUAAAAUGAGCAGCCCGGAGAUCCAGGAUUCGGGAGAGGAGCCUUGCUUUCGCCUGGAGCACCUACCGGGCAAGAGCCCGCACCUAACGGGCAAGGCGUCUCCGCAGGUGACCAGCCGCUGGGAUGCGCCUCAAGUGACGGCCAACGGGCUCCAUGACAUUGAGGAUCGGAUUUUACGAAUCACCGGCUACUACGGCUAUAACCCCGGAUAUUCCAGCCACAGAAGAGAGGAGGGCUCAGAUUCGCAUGCAGAGACUCCAGUCAGUGAAACAAGCGGAGAGGCCACUGCAUUUCAGACCUGCGCCAACACAGUGCUCAAGGUGCUGGGGGGCUUGCUGGUGGUGCUGUGCAUCUCCUCGUCCUGGGUGGGCACCACACAGAUGGUCCAGCUUACUUUCAAAUCAUUUUCCUGUCCCUUUUUCAUCACAUGGUUCAGCACCAACUGGAACAUUCUAUUCUUCCCCCUCUACUACUCCGGGCAUGUGGCCACCACCAGAGAAAAACAGACACCCAUUCAGAAAUUCAGGGAAUGUAGCAGGUUGUUUGGAGAGGAUGGGAUGUCUCUGAAGGUGUUUCUGAAGAGGACAGCACCAUUCUCCAUCUUGUGGACACUGACUAACUACCUGUACCUGUUAGCUCUGAGAAAACUAACCGCCACAGAUGUCUCAGCUCUCUACUGUUGCCACAAGGCCUUCGUCUUCCUCCUGUCGUGGAUCGUCCUCAAAGAUCGUUUCAUGGGUGUGCGGAUUGUUGCCGCCAUCAUGGCUAUCACAGGAAUUGUGAUGAUGGCGUAUGCUGAUGGUUUCCAUGGGGAUUCCUUUAUGGGUGUGGCCUUAGCCGUUGGCUCCGCCUCCACUUCUGCACUCUACAAGGUGCUGUUUAAGAUGUUCCUCGGCAGUGCCAAUUUGGGCGAAGCUGCUCAUUUCUUCUCAACAAUGGGCUUUUUCAACCUUAUCUUCAUUUCCUGUGUUCCCCUCAUCCUGUACUUCACCAGAGUGGAGCACUGGGGUUCGCUCUCCUCUUUGCCCUGGGGUUACCUCUGCGGGGUGGCCGGCCUUUGGCUAGUAUUUAACAUCCUGGUCAAUGUAGGAGUGGUACUCACAUAUCCUAUCCUCAUAUCCAUUGGGACGUUACUCAGUGUUCCAGGCAAUGCAGCUAUUGAUGUGCUGAAGCAUGAGGUCAUCUUCAGCGUGGUGCGUCUGGCUGCCACCUGCAUCAUCUGCCUGGGCUUCCUGCUGCUGCUGCUCCCUGAGGAGUGGGACACGGUCACCUUGCGCUUCCUUACUACACUGGCUGACAAGAAGACGGAGGAGCACGGAGAAGAGCUCACAGAAUCCAGCGUCCACACGCGCAGCCGGAGUAGAGCCAACGGUGCAGUAUCCAUUCCCAUGGCAUGACCUUUGACCUGUGAAUGAGUAGCCAGCGGUCAACAUAGAUCCAGCAGUUUGAUUGUGUUUUGGAAGGAAGUAAAAGUGAACAGUGAAGCAAAGGAAGGAUGGUGUUUCUUUAAUAAUAACCACAUCAGUGCAGAUGUCACAAAGUAAAAAACGAGAGCACGCCGUCCUGGGGUCUUAUUUAUAAACAUGGCGUACACACAAAAUGAGGGUGGAAAAGUAGGUACUUCAAACACUAAGGUUGUGAUUAUCAAAAGCAAACUUGAUAGAAAGCUGUAAGUCAAUGGUCCCAAACUCACUUCCUGGAGGGCAGCAGCUCUGCAUAGUUUAGCUCCAACCCUCCAACUCACACCUGCUUGAUAGUCUCUAGGGCUGCGUCCGAAACUGCCUACUACCCAGUAGGUACUGCAUUUGAAUUUAAACGUACUACUCACCUGUUAGAAAAGUAUGUUCUAUACAGUAUGAAUAUGAGCUGUAUGAAUGGAAUUUGGACGUACUACAUCUGCCAUUUUGUCAUAGUCAUACAUACCCGUGACAUACCCGUGUCAGUUGCGUCGCUUCACUCCCAUUCAUGAAUUCACUCGCAGGGCAACAUUGGAUAGCGUAGCGUGCAUGGAAUCUCGCUGGAAGUAGUAGGUCAUCUGGGUACUUCUCACAUACUAAUUUUCUAAUUCUGUUAAUUUGAAUGUACUACUUGGCUUGCAUACAGAUUUUAGCAUAUUAUAUAGUAUGGAAGUAUGCGGUUCCAGACACAGCCUAGUAGUCUUCAGCUGUGUUUGAUUAGGGUUGGAGCAAAACUGUCCAGAGCUGCGGCCCUCCAGGAAUCCAGUUUGAGACCUAUGCUGUAAGUAAACAUAUUUAACUUAAGUAUACCCCAUGAGCCAUUAUCAAUAAUAAAUAUAUUCAAAUUUAUUCUAGCGUACGUUAACUUUUAGGAAGGUUUCUACACCAAUUUUUAUAAAUGAGACCCCUGCUCUUUAUUAGAGAUUUGAGUUCUCUGAGAAUAGCGUUUCACUGGUGCGGGGAUAUUUACUGACAGUAUUUUUUUAAUUUACAAACUAAAUCUAGCAUUUUCUUCCCUGCUGUUUCUAUGGGAAGUUACGCAUCCAUUCCAUAGAAAUGGACUUUCAGACUUUGGUCUCCCGUUGCACGCCAGCCCUGCACCCCUGAACCUCUCGACUGACCCUCCCCAUGGAAUGUAUUCUGUGAAUAUAGACUCUGUCAGGGCCAGUUCGGCUCACAUGAAUGCAUUCAGAGAUCGGAUAUAUAUGUCUAUGAAAUAUGAGGAAUAUUUGCAUUGUAUGUAGUAGUGUAAUAUAUAGAAGAAAUAUAAUAUGCUUUAAUGAAUAAGCUUUUCUUUUCCUUUUAUAA